AGAAAAGGAACGGCUAGAACUAGAACAAGGAUCUUCUAUGACAGAUGAACAAGAAGCGACAGGAGCUUCAACUUCUCGUCUAGCAAAGCCGGACCCUGCGUUUUUGACGCAUGCCGAGGACCGCGAUGUCAGAUUACAAAGCGACCUUGCAUUGCUACGAAAUUUGAAGGAGCAUCCAGACUAUCUAACACUAUUGGACACCCGCUGUGGCAGUGGCCGUUUUCGAAAUCUCUUUCGCACGCUGUUCGACAUACCCGAUGAUGCAUCAACAACUACACCGAGUGCGAGUUCGUCUACAUUUACAUCAAUGACCGGCGGUAGAUCAGAGUUUAGUCCAGAGCUCGAGGAGGCCAUUCGCGACCGGUUUCUUCGGGAUGUGCAGGCUUCCUUACGUACGUGUCUCGAAUUUCAAUUGUUUCAAACGGAGAUGAAACACGCCGCCAAGGAGAUCGCAGACUAUAGGGAGGGCACGCCGCUCGCCUGGGUCUCCCGCGUCCAAUCGAACUCUGUUUCACAAGAGCCAGAUAACAUGUCGAAAACAGAUCUGCUCGGAGAGGCAGCAAGGGGGGUCUUCUUAAUCAAAGAGCGGGAAGAUGCUCAACAAGCGAGCAGCAGCGUGGAAGAUGUGAAAGAUGAUGCAGUUGCUGAUGAAGAUGGUGGAAGACGAAGUUCUUGUUACCCUUCUUGGGAGGAAAUUUACAAUCAGCUUAGGCCAACUGGCAUGAUGACGUACGGCAUCUCGAUGUCUUCUGCCCUCCUACUGAGGUACACGCAGGAUCAAGAAAAACAAGGACAAAACAACAAGCCAAC